AUGCAACUGCUCAAGCCGCUCGCCCUCGCAGCCACGGCUGCAGCCAUCCUCAUCGUCCCCGACACUUCCGAGGCUGAUGAUGGCAUCUUCCGUACCCUACCCAUCGACGUCGACACCUUCGAGGUCCCCGCUACAGCCUUUGGGCAAUCCAUCACCAUCCCUUGCACCCGCUGCCGCGACCGCAACGCCCAAUUAGAGCUCAACUUUAACAUCGAGGAGCAUCGACUCGUCCUCAACGGCUUUGAACUGUACCCUCAUGCGGAUCCGUGGAAUGGAGACCUCUCGGCCCCAGUCACCAAGAGUAAUGGAAAGAGCGCUGUGCGCCGACUUGGAUAUGGUCUCGCUAUUCGACCAGAGGGCAUGGAUGAUGACCAGCACCUCGAGGUCAUUGGCGUCGAGAUUAGAAUUAUCGAGGUCGGCGACCGGUUCGUCGACGGCGUCCCUCCCGUCAAGGUCAAGCUCAUCAAGGCCCCCGUCGGCGAGAUCAUCAUCGGAAGCAUCGAGGUUGAGGGCUCUUCUCACAACGGACUUGGUGAUGACUGCUCAAUGUGGUGCCGCGCCAAGGGUCUGCUCCAUGAGACCUUGAAGGGUAUCAAGGGCAGCAUCAAGGGUAAGGGCAAGGGCUGCCACGGAAUGAAGAACCACGGAAUGAAGGAACACGGCCAUAAGAACAACCACGGACACGGCAACUCUGAGAACAAGAACGCCGGCACUCCCCACCAGGGUCACGCCCAGCUCGUCCCCGAGCGCGUCGACUACUCUUGGGCCAACAUGCUCAAGCACAUUACCGCUUACAUCAUCAUCCCCGUCCUCAUGGGCGUCACUGCUGGUGUUGGUGUUGCUCUUCUUACUGUCCGCCUCAUCCGCUACUUCAAGGGUGAACGCCCCGAGCCCGCCCUAGGCGCCGACUACAAGGCCGCCAUCGUGGAGAUUAUCGCCGAAGACGAAAAGUCUGGUCUGAUUGUCAACGAGGAGGUUCCUCCUCAGUACGAACAGCCCGAGGCUCGCAACUAA